AGGGAGAGAAGGGAGUGUUGAGCUGAAGCACAUAGAUGAAACCAGCUUAGUGAGAGUGAGCAAGCAAAUGAGUAAGAGGAGUGUGUGAAAGAGCAGCACGAUUGUUUUCACUUCCCUGUGACCUCGACAAAAGAACGAAGGAUCACCCGUGAACCCGUCUCCUUCCAUCUGAAUGAACAAGUGAUAGAGAAGAAAAGACAACAGAGAGUAAGAGGGAAGAUCUGCACAUCGCCCCUGACAUCGUUGACUUUGCUGCUGGAGGAAGCAAGGAGGACAGACAGAGGAAGGGUGACAGGAGAGCACGGUGCUUUUGGAAAGGUGCAGCAACAUGAGAUUGUAGCAACAUGAGUGUGUGUGUCCUGACCUGGAGCUCGUGUUUGAAGAGAGCAGCCAAGGAUCAUUGCCAUGCCAGCAUCUAGGAAGCUUCAACAAGCUCAUUGAAGACAUGGCCCAGGCAAAAGGGCCAAGAGAUGGAGUUCUGCUGUCCAAUGAAAAUGCGUGUCCAGUGUCCAGGGAAGGCGUGGCAUGGAAAGGCCCUCGUACGGUGGUCCUGCAGAAGACCUCUCAGGGCUUUGGGUUUACACUGCGGCACUUCAUAGUUUACCCACCCGAAUCUGCCCUCCACACCUCUGUGAAGGAUGUAGAUAAUGGCAAUGGAAAAGGGAAUCAUAGGGGCCGCAUGGAGCCAAUGGAUACUAUUUUCGUGAAAAGUGUAAAGGAGUCAGGUCCUGCACAUCAGGCUGGGCUCUGCACAGGAGACCGACUAGUAAAAGUAAAUGGGGAGAGUAUUCUGGGAAAAACCUACUCGCAGGUUAUAGCACUAAUUCAAAACAGUAAGAGUUUACUGGAGCUUUCCAUUAUGCCUAAAGAUGAGGAUGUACUCCAGUUGGUAAGUGCAUACUCUCAUGACGCUUAUCUGAAAGGGAAUCAACCAUACACUGGAGGGGCUCAAAACCUUCCGGAGCCUCCUCCAAUUUGCUACCCUCGCAGUAAACCCACUUCCUCCGUUAUGCCCGGCAACCUAAACUGCAGGCGUGGGUCAGCUGGUCUCUUAGACAGCCGCCCAAUGGGAGAUAGUAUAGGGGGUACAGGCCGGCGUUCAGAUACCCCUGGCCGACUUUGUAACCAGCGUGCCCGCUCUUCAACCUUAGCCAUCAGCCCUCUGGACUUUCACUUUGCCAACCACAAUGAGGCUAUCUCCUCAGCCUCCCUGCCCCACCCACGGAAGGGCAGCCUUCCACUGUCACAGAGUGAGCUUUGUCACCAAGCACUAUCUAAAUGGUACUACAGCCAGACAACCGAGCGCCCAGGCAUGUCCCACCACCAUCGCAGCAUCUCUCAGGACACGCUGCUGUGCCACUAUGGAACUGCCACAGGAGUCAAUCAGUCCCCUUACAUCGACUCCUGUUGGAUGGGUAGGUGGGGCAUGACUGGGGCUCAGCAAUCAAACCGAUCCUGCUCCGAAAAUUUACUUGCUACUUGUGCGGAAUACGAGAAGAGCCAUGGGCACUCGCAGGAGAAAUUGGACAAGGCAGCCUCUCUGGUUUCACGCUGCUAUGAAAAGUCAACCUGUGCCUCGCAGAGCAGCCAGUCAGUCUGGAAAGAAGAGCAGCCUUGCUUGGCCAAUCAACGUGCAGUAACUUGUGCAGAUGUGUUACCUCUGGAUCGGGGAUCCAGCCAUGCCCAAGAGUCAGCACAGUCCCGAUGUCUGCCCACGCAGACAGUAGAUGACCAGAUGGUAGGCUACCGCAGCUAUAGUCCCUCUUUCUGUCGCAAAGCAGGUCACCUCAUGCAGCAGGCUCACUCCUUUAGAGAUUCUUCCUACACUGGUCCUCACCUUAGCUGGACUACCACACCUAAAACCAGCCCUCCAGAUAGCGCACCUUCCACAGGCAGAGAUUCAUCUCCUCUGUCUAUGUCUUCCACUGCUGAGACACAGAGCUCUGCAAAGGAAAGCUCAGGUAGUGGACCCACACUGGAGGAGUCUGUUCAAGCACAGAUGCAAGAGGUAGUCCUAAGACAAAAGCUUCCUGGUGGCAAAUGUACCCCCCUUGGAAUGCGCCACCCAAAUUAUGCUGUGCCUGUGGAUCUACUCGAACCUCCUGUUGCCUUGGCCCCUGGGCGGUCCAAUGGUAACCUGCAACCUCUGCCUGUGGAGCAGGACUCCCUGGCUUCCAUUCCCUUUAUAGAUGAGCCAACCAGCCCCAGUGUAGAUCUGCUUGCCCAGCACGUGCCUGCCUCCUCUGUGGUGUCCAGCAGCUUGUGCCAGGCACCUACCCUGUCCAGCAGCCCUGUCCCUCCCUCCCUUACCUCCCCUCUCACACAUCUCCUCGACACAGACUGCAGCACUGUCAAAAACAGCCGUCGCUCUUCCUACCUGCUGGCCAUCACAACUGAGCGGUCCAAAUCUUGUGAUGAAGGUCUGAACACAUUCAGAGAUGAAGGCCGCAUGUUUAUGAGAUUACCAAAAAGAGUCAAAAGCUUUUUUACAGAGGGUUCCCUCGAGAGUCUGCGAGCGGCAGAGGAAGCCCGCUCCAAACGCCACUCCACCUCUGAGCUUGGCAACAUCACGCUAACGGAUAUCAGAAAAGAGGGCUGGCUGCACUACAAACAGAUCCUUACAGAGAAGGGCAAGAAAGUUGGUGGUGGUAUGCGGCCAUGGAAACGGGUUUUCUCUGUGCUGCGCUCUCAUUCACUCUUUCUGUACAAAGACAAGCGUGAGGCAGUGCUCCAUGGAGCUGGGUCAUUAGGCCACGGAGGUGGUGGGGAGGAUGAGCAGCCCAUCAGUGUCCGUGGCUGCUUGAUUGACAUAGCCUACAGUGAGACGAAGAGGAAAAACACACUACGACUUACCACACAGGACUUCUGUGAGUACUUGCUACAGGCAGAGGAUCGGGACGACAUGUUGAGCUGGAUCCGCAUCAUUCGUGAGAACAGCAAGACUGACAAUGAGGAGCUUGGUUUUUCCAGACAGGCCCUCAUCAAUAAGAAACUAAACGAUUACAAGAAACAAAGCCUAACGGGUACUAAGCCAGACACUUCUCCCAGAGUCCACCGAAUGAUGCAACCAUUUCUCCUCUCCAAGACUGACAGCAGCUCAGGAGUAAACCGAUCCCCGAAAGCAGAGAGCAAAGAGGAGAACAGUCCUCCGAAGGCUACAUGGAGCAUCAACAUAAUGAAAAAAGGGAAGAAAGCAGGGCCUAAGGCUUUUGGGGUUAGACUAGAGGACUGCCCUCCGGGAGCUACUAAUAAGUUUGUGCCUCUGAUUGUGGAGACCUGCUGCAGCCUGGUGGAAGAGAUGGGUUUGGAAUACACAGGGAUCUACAGAGUGCCAGGGAACAAUGCCAUGGUGUCCACCCUACAGGACCAACUCAACAAGGGCAUGGAGAUUAACACUACUGAAGAGAGGUGGCAGGAUCUGAACGUAAUCAGCAGCCUCCUUAAGUCAUUCUUUAGGAAGCUUCCAGAACCUCUUUUCACGGAUGACAAAUACAAUGAUUUCAUCUAUGCCAAUCGAUUAGAGGAUGCUGGAGACCGGUUAAAGACAAUGAGAAAACUGAUUCGUGACUUACCAGAUCAUUGCUACCACACACUUAAGUUUGUGAUCAGCCAUCUUAAGCGAGUAGCUGAUCACUCAGAGAAGAAUAAGAUGGAGCCAAGAAACCUCGCUCUUGUGUUUGGUCCCACGCUUGUGCGUACCUCAGAGGACAAUAUGACGGACAUGGUUACUCACAUGCCUGACCGCUAUAAGAUUGUGGAGACUCUUAUUCUCCAUCAUGCAUGGUUCUUCACUGAUGAGCUUAUGGAUAAAGAUGAGAAGACCCCUGAAGACCAACGGGAUGAGCAGCCCAUUCCAAAUAUCGACCAUCUCCUCUCCAACAUUGGCCGAACAGCACCACUGGGGGACGCCUCAGAUUCCACUAACAGUGAUUCAGCUAAAUCCAAGGGAUCUACGAUUUCAAAGAAAGAUGUAAGCGCCAAGGAUUUCCUUCCCCUUUCCAUCAUAUCUGCUGUGACCCGGAAGAGAAAGAAGCAUCGGAGUGCCUGCCCUACAGACAGCAGUAGCGAUGAGGACUCAGAACAUGAGCCGGUGAAAGCCAGUAACUAUGGCGAACUGAGUGAGAAUGGGGGUAAUGAGAGGGAUGGAGGUCAGCAAGAUGAGGAGGAUGAGGAGAGCAAGAUGGGGUGUGCGGCCCAAAGCGAGGAAAGUCAGACAAAAGAAGUAGAUGAGAAGGAUGUAGAAGGAAAACAGAUGAUGGAGCCACAAGAGGAAAGAGAACAGGAGGUUGGAGGGAGGGAGAGUGGAAGUAUCCAGCAAGAGGAUGAUGGUAUACGAGUGAGCGUCAACAUGAGGGCACAGUUAGGGCAAGAGCAACCGCAGCGGCCCCGUAGCUUCCUCUACUCCCACCAGAGUUCUACAGGGCAGAGUGUCACAGACCAGUCAGCCAGCUCUCCCACAUCCCCGUGCUCCAGUGAUGCCCACAGACUCAGCCAGGUCAACUCAGCAAGCCGCAAGAAGCUGCGUGGGGAGAGGGCUCGUCCUCGCUCGUUAUAUGAGGAACCAGGUCUGGAGCGGGCUGCGGGUCUGGCCCGAGUCAAAGCCUCACUUGUUCGUGGCCAGGAGAGGCUGCGUCAGGCCAUGUCCCCCAGCAGAGACCCGUCUGUCCAGCCAAGUUGGCUAAGUCAGGUACAUGCCAACUUCCUUUCCUCUGCCAACGAUUUGUGGAGGUCAGGGACUCAGCGGCGUCAUGCUUCCCCAGAGACGCGCCGCAGGCGGAGAGACUGGAGACGCCAUACAGUGGUGGGAAAUAGUGGGGAAAUCUAAGCAAAAGCAUCUAAACAUUCUGAAUCCUAAUGCAUUAACAUACUGAACAGAAAUAAAGCACACUACUCAAAUAUCAAGCACGAAGCCAGAAGGUUUAGAUGAAGUGUUAUAAUGAAGGAAAGCUUGGCAUGAGAUGAAUCCAUUUCAGUUAUUAAUUGCAUAUUUGCACAAUGCCGAAAGCAAGUGUUCCAUGUAACAUUUGUGCAAUAAAGGCUUAAGGCCUUUCGGCAUUCUGCACCAGUGCAAAAAAAAAAACUUCCUUUCCAUCUCACCUCCUUCAUCACUGGAGGAUGGCACUUCAGCUGAAAGAGCAGGAUCAUCACUGCACAUUCGCAAGACUUUGCACUGCACCUUAUCAGCAACACCAAACAUAAAAUGGCUUCCAACCUCAGGUGCAAGAACAGAAAGCUGUGGGGCAGCCAGAACUAUACAUGCUGCCACUCAUUCAUAACUCACACACACACCAUGUACAUACAUUGCUAAAGAAAGAAAAAGGUCUGGUGUGAUUUUACAAAUGUGUCUUGGUCUCCUACACCCAUCUCCCAAUUAAAGUCUUCCCUGGCACGAGUGGAAAAAUUGACAGUAUUACACAUUAAGUUGUUGUGGCAGAUGCACUGAAAUACGGUAUAACCUUCCUUACCUUUAGCUCCGGUGUGCCAAUCGAUCUCAUUCUUUCUAUUGUGUGUUUUGAUCUACAAUCCUUGUUCUCCUCGGGUGGUUUGAGCAGCCACUGCAGAUUUGUAUGAUGUUUGACCAGUUAUUACUUUUAUUAUUACUAUUGUUGUGUAUGACCUAACAUGUCUGUCCUGUGUGUCAUAUUGUCUUUGCCCUGUGUGUACACUGUGGCUGAUCAUUUGGACCAAUUAAUUUUUUGUAACAGUUGUACAAAGGCCUCGCUACAUUAACCUGCAUGUACAAAUGCUACAUAUGGUUGUUCUGAAUUGUCCCUUUUUUUUAUUUUUUAGACUGUUACAUAAAGAUGUCUUUAUUUC